AAUGCUCACACCUGGCUAGUGCCGCCUGACUUUUGGACUGAAUAAGGAACAGAACGAGCUUGGCGCUUGGGUGGUGUGGCUCAUUUGAUGCUAUCCCUGCCUACUGGACCAACAGGAUGACGAGUUUUGCACUGAGGAUGGGGGCGUACAUCUUGAACCGCCCCUUUUUUUCACUCCCUCCCUGUCGUUCGCUUAUGAGAAGCUAUUCUUUAAUUUGAGCUAGCUAAUUGAAGAGAUCUUUUCCCCUUUCCUCUGGUAGUCUAGCCUGUCCCCUUCUGGCGUUCAUUAACCCUGACCCUGCGCCUCUAGACGCUUUGUCAACUUUCCCUUACCGAAAGCAAUUGGCAUUUCUCUCAUUGUUCUGGUGAAUUAUCACCACGCCGCUCAUUAAAGUCGCUUGAGGUUCGGUCUUUUCCGUUGUCGGGAUUAUCAACAGUACCGCCACGUUCAUUUUAUUACUGGGUUGUUGCGUUUGUCUCUCGACGAAUCGACUGAUAAAAGUACAUUGCAACUCUGCUUUCGACCACGGCGAUUUCCCACGAUCCCGAAGAGUGAUAUUUUUGUUCUUCCAUAACCGUAUACGACGACACUGAACCAUUCAAUAUGAGAUACACAUCUGCCGUCCUCUUGGGCGGUGCCGCUUCGGUGGUUUCCGCCGGCUCGUUUUGCUCCGAUGCCGUUCAAGAUCUCGUGGGUAACUACUUCUGCCCCGGUGGCGUGAAGCAGAUCAAGUAUACCGGAUUGGAUAUCCCUGGCAAGUACCGCGCUGUCGCGAGUAUGGACAACUCUGGAACCUGCACAUACGAGGACCGAGACUAUUCUGGUCCUAUUGCUCCUUAUAACGAGGGCCUCUCGAUGCAUUUCCGUGGGCCUCUUCACCUGAACAACGUGGCUAUCUACACCCCCGGAACGAGUAAGAAGCGCGAUACCCCCCAGACUGUUGCCCACGCGAAGCGCCACGGCCACCAGCACCUGCACAAGAAACACCAUGAGCAGAACGUGGAGCGGGCCGUGGGUGACAUGGUUACUGCUACGAUUGAUGGGCAAGUAGUGUCAUGGGUCAACACCUAUGCUGGUCCAACUGGCGAUGCUGCUGUGGCGGAUUCGGCUCCGUCGGUCACUGCCGCCGCCGCCGACUCUGAACCCACGUCGACUGAGUCCGCGAAGACUUCUAGCGCCAAGAGCAGCAGCAAGAGCAGCAGCAAAUCUAGCAGCGCAGGCCCUAUCACUGGAGACUUCGUGCGAACUGCCUACUACAACGCGGCUGAGGGUACAGCUGAUGGCCUCGUUUUCUUGGCCAACGUGGGUGAUCCCAGCCUAUCUGGUACUUGGGACACUGUCUGGGGCUCGAGUCUCGCAUAUGUGGACGAGAAUGGCGCAAAGGCCGCUGCUUCCCCUACUGUAUUAAAGGACAAGCUCCUCGACGACUCCCAGGAGAUUGCCAUUUUCUCCGAUAUUCCUUGUGAUGAGUCUUGCGGUGCUACCCGCCCUGGCUCCGUUGCCUACAAGGGAUUUGAGGGUGCUUCCAAGGUUUUCGUUGCCGAAUUCUCUAUGCCUGAUAGCGGCAAGACAGGCUUCAAUGCGAAUAUGCCUGCCUACUGGUUGCUGAAUGCUGCCAUUCCACGAACCGCCCAAUACGCCUCCUGCAGUUGCUGGAAGGGUGACAACGAAAGCCCCCUACAAGGCGGCUGUGGCGAGCUGGAUGUUGUCGAAAUUCUUAGCUCUGGUGAUACCCGUGCCAAGUCUACUUUCCACUUUGCCAAUGGUAUGGGCGACUCUCACUAUAUCGAUCGCCCCGUCGAUAGCUCCAUGAAGGUCGCCGUUGUCAUGGACGCCGACUCCUCUACUGUUUCCAUCAAAGUCCUUGACGACUUCGACUUCGGUACUAGCCUCACCUCUGAGCAGGUGCAGGGUAUGGUCAACGACGAGAGUGACCACAAGCUUUUCAGCUUGCUAUCCUUUCUUGGGUAAAGACUGAAAUACGAAAGACUAAGCCUAAGGGGAAGGGGAGCAGGCUGAAGAUAAUAUCUUUAUUUCGCUGCACAUACAAUCCAUACAGGAUAUUUAUUCUGAGACUGGAGUGGCCAGUAGUUCUUGGAUUGAAUAUAUUACUAAAGGAUAUGUGAUGGAUUCUAUUUGUUAAUGAUUAGAGCAGGCGCUUAGGUGAAUGAAAUGUGAUAUUGCUUGACUUCCUACACGAUUUACGUUGACGAUUUUUGCUUGCCUGAGUUCCAAGCAUUUCGAUCACCUCCCACUCCUCAGUCAUAGCUCAGGAUGUCGAAGAUACGGGGU